AGCAGACAGGCGGCGGAGCCGGGAUUUGGAACCCGCGACCUCCGACUCCCGAGCCCGGGCUCCUUCCGCUGAGCCGCGCCGCUUCUCCAACCCCUGGGAACCCGCGGCGUUCACGGACUUUCUAGGAAACCCCUCUCUGCGUCUGCGUCCCUCGAAGACCCCCCAGGGCUCGCCGUGCGGAGCCCCGAGCCCCCGCCGUCAUGUCGGGCACCGUGAUGAUCCUGCAGCAGUUUGCCAGCGGCCUGAAGAGCCGGAGCGAGGAGACCAGAGCCAAAGCGGCCAAGGAGCUGCAGCACUAUGUCACCAUGGAGCUCCGCGAGAUGAGUCAGGAGGAGUCAACCCGCUUCUACGACCAGCUGAACCAUCACAUAUUUGAACUGGUUUCCAGCUCGGAUGCCAACGAGAGGAAAGGUGGCAUCCUGGCCAUCGCCAGCCUCAUAGGAGUGGAGGGCGGCAAUUCCACGCGGAUCGGCAGGUUCGCCAACUACCUGCGCAACCUCCUGCCUUCCAACGACCCCGUCGUCAUGGAGAUGGCGUCCAAGGCCAUCGGCCGGCUGGCUAUGGCGGGGGACACCUUCACCGCCGAGUACGUGGAGUUCGAAGUGAAGCGGGCCCUAGAGUGGCUGGGCGCAGACCGGAACGAAGGCCGGAGACACGCAGCCGUUCUGGUCCUGCGGGAGCUGGCGAUCAGCGUCCCCACGUUCUUCUUCCAGCAAGUACAGCCCUUCUUCGACAACAUCUUCGUGGCCGUGUGGGAUCCUAAGCAGGCCAUUCGCGAGGGAGCGGUCUCCGCCCUCCGGGCCUGCCUGAUCCUGACCACCCAGCGGGAGCCGAAGGAGAUGCAGAAGCCACAGUGGUACAGGCACACGUACGAAGAAGCGGAGAAGGGGUUCGAUGAGACGCUGGCCAAGGAGAAGGGCAUGAACCGGGAUGAUCGAAUCCACGGGGCCCUGCUGAUCCUCAACGAACUGGUGCGAAUCAGCAGUAUGGAGGGAGAGCGCCUGCGGGAGGAGAUGGAGGAAAUCACGCAGCAGCAGCUGGUCCACGACAAAUACUGCAAAGACCUGAUGGGUUUCGGGACGAAGCCUCGCCACAUCACCCCCUUCACCAGCUUCCAGGCCGUACAGCCCCAGCAGUCCAACGCCUUGGUGGGGCUGUUGGGGUACAGUGCCCACCAGGGCAUCGUGGGAUUCGGGGCCUCUCCCAUCCCGGUCAAGUCGACCUUGGUGGAGAGUCGCUGUUGCCGAGAUCUGAUGGAAGAGAAGUUCAAUCAGGUAUGCAUCUGGGUGCUCAAGUGCAGAAACAGUAAGAACUCCCUGAUCCAAAUGACCAUCCUCAACCUGCUGCCUCGCCUGGCUGCCUUCCGGCCUUCCGCCUUCACAGACACUCAGUAUCUCCAAGACACCAUGAACCACGUACUGAGCUGCGUCAAGAAGGAGAAAGAGCGUACGGCGGCGUUCCAGGCCCUGGGGCUGCUCUCCGUCGCUGUGCGAUCCGAGUUCAAGGUCUACUUGCCCCGAGUGCUGGACAUCAUUCGAGCGGCCCUUCCUCCGAAGGACUUUGCCCAUAAGAGGCAGAAGGCCAUACAAGUGGACGCCACCGUGUUCACGUGCAUCAGCAUGUUGGCCCGAGCCAUGGGACCCGGCAUUCAACAGGACAUCAAAGAGCUGCUGGAGCCCAUGUUGGCCGUGGGGCUGAGCCCCGCCCUGACGGCCGUGCUGUAUGACCUGAGCCGCCAGAUCCCGCAGCUGAAGAAGGACAUCCAGGACGGGCUGCUGAAGAUGCUGUCCCUCGUCCUGAUGCACAAACCCCUCCGGCACCCGGGCAUGCCCAAGGGCCUGGCCCACCAGCUGGCCUCUCCCAGCCUCACCAACCUGCCCGAGGCCAGCGACGUGGGCAGCAUCACCCUGGCCCUCCGCACCCUUGGCAGCUUUGAGUUUGAAGGCCACUCUCUGACCCAAUUUGUCCGCCACUGCGCGGAUCACUUCCUGAACAGUGAACACAAAGAGAUCCGCAUGGAGGCGGCUCGCACUUGCUCCCGCCUGCUCACCCCCUCCAUCCAUCUCAUCAGCGGCCACGCCCACGUGGUCAGCCAGACCGCAGUCCAGGUGGUGGCCGACGUGCUCAGCAAACUGCUUGUGGUGGGGAUCACGGACCCGGACCCCGACAUCCGUUACUGCGUCCUGGCCUCCCUGGACGAGCGCUUCGACGCCCACCUGGCCCAGGCGGAGAACCUGCAGGCCCUGUUCGUGGCCCUGAACGACCAGGUGUUUGAGAUCCGAGAGCUGGCCAUCUGCACCGUGGGCCGGCUGAGCAGCAUGAACCCGGCCUUCGUCAUGCCCUUCCUGCGCAAGAUGCUCAUCCAGAUCCUGACGGAGCUGGAGCACAGCGGGGUGGGCAGAAUCAAGGAGCAGAGCGCUCGCAUGCUGGGCCACUUGGUCUCCAACGCCCCCCGUCUUAUCCGCCCGUACAUGGAGCCCAUUCUGAAGGCUUUAAUCUUGAAGCUGAAAGAUCCAGACCCUGAUCCGAACCCAGGGGUGAUCAAUAAUGUCUUGGCCACGAUAGGGGAGCUGGCACAGGUGAGUGGCCUGGAAAUGAGGAAGUGGGUUGAUGAGCUCUUCAUCAUCAUCAUGGAUAUGCUCCAGGACUCCUCUCUGUUGGCCAAAAGGCAGGUGGCUCUGUGGACCCUGGGACAGCUGGUGGCCAGUACUGGCUAUGUGGUGGAGCCCUACAGGAAAUACCCUACCCUCUUGGAGGUGCUGCUAAACUUCCUGAAGACGGAGCAGAACCAGGGAACCCGCAGAGAGGCCAUCCGGGUGUUGGGGCUGCUGGGCGCUUUGGAUCCCUACAAACACAAAGUGAACAUCGGCAUGAUUGACCAGUCCCGAGAUGCUUCUGCCGUCAGCCUGUCCGAGUCCAAGUCUAGCCAGGAUUCCUCCGACUACAGUACCAGCGAGAUGUUGGUGAACAUGGGCAACCUGCCGCUGGAUGAAUUCUACCCUGCCGUGUCCAUGGUGGCCCUGAUGAGGAUCUUCCGAGACCAGUCCCUGUCUCACCACCAUACGAUGGUGGUCCAGGCCAUCACUUUCAUCUUCAAAUCCCUGGGGCUCAAAUGCGUGCAGUUUUUGCCCCAGGUCAUGCCCACAUUCCUCAACGUGAUCCGGGUCUGCGACGGGGCCAUCCGGGAGGUAGAAGAGCCCGGUGAAAGAGUACAGGGGAGAAGAGACGAGUUGGAUACACAAGACCUAAAAUUCCUGUUCCAGCAGCUGGGAAUGUUAGUGUCCUUUGUGAGGAGCCACAUCAGACCCUACAUGGAUGAAAUCGUCACCCUCAUGAGAGAGUUCUGGAUCAUGAACAGCUCGAUCCAGAGCACAAUCAUCCUCCUCAUCGAGCAGAUAGUGGUUGCCCUCGGAGGGGAGUUCAAGCUUUACUUGCCCCAGCUGAUCCCCCACAUGUUACGGGUCUUCAUGCAUGACAGCAGCACAGGACGCGCCGUAUCCAUCAAGUUGUUGAACGCCAUCCAGCUGUUCGGCGCCAACUUGGACGACUACUUGCAUUUGCUGCUGCCUCCGAUCGUCAAGCUGUUCGAUGCCCCCGAUGCUCCCCUGGCAGCUCGCAAGGCUGCCCUCGAGACUGUAGACCGUUUGACGGAGUCUCUGGAUUUCACCGAUUACGCCUCCCGGAUUAUUCAUCCCAUAGUGCGGACGUUGGAUCUGAGCCCAGAGCUGCGGUCCACUGCCAUGGACACUCUGUCUUCGCUCGUCUUCCAGCUGGGGAAGAAGUACCAGAUUUUUAUCCCAAUGGUCAACAAAGUCCUAGUGCGGCAUCGAAUCACCCACCAACGCUAUGACGUGCUCAUCUGCAGGAUUGUUAAGGGCUACACCCUGGCUGACGAGGAGGAGGACCCUUUGAUUUAUCAGCAUCGGAUGCUGAGGACUAGCCAAGGGGAGACCCUGGCCAGCGGGCCAGUGGAGACCGGGCCCAUGAAGAAACUGCACGUCAGUACCAUCAACCUGCAGAAGGCCUGGGGAGCGGCCAGGAGGGUGUCGAAGGAUGACUGGUUGGAGUGGCUGAGGCGGCUGAGCCUGGAACUGCUGAAGGAUUCUUCGUCGCCUUCGCUGCGCUCCUGCUGGGCCCUGGCUCAGGCCUACAACCCCAUGGCCAGGGACCUCUUCAAUGCCGCAUUUGUGUCCUGCUGGUCCGAACUGAAUGAAGACCAGCAAGAUGAGCUGAUUCGAAGCAUCGAGCUGGCCCUGACCUCCCAAGACAUAGCGGAAGUCACGCAAACCCUCCUGAACCUGGCUGAAUUCAUGGAGCACAGCGAUAAGGGCCCGCUGCCACUGAGAGACGACAACGGUAUCGUCCUGCUGGGGGAGAGAGCUGCCAAGUGCCGAGCGUAUGCCAAGGCGUUACACUACAAAGAGCUGGAGUUCCAGAAGGGCCCCAGCCCCGCAAUCCUAGAAUCGCUCAUCAGUAUUAAUAAUAAACUACAACAACCGGAGGCAGCCGCUGGUGUGCUGGAAUAUGCUAUGAAGCACUUUGGAGAGCUGGAGAUCCAGGCUACCUGGUAUGAGAAGCUGCAUGAGUGGGAAGAUGCCUUGGUAGCCUACGAUAAGAAAAUGGAUACCAACAAAGAUGACCCCGAGCUGAUGCUGGGCCGAAUGCGCUGUCUUGAGGCCUUGGGAGAAUGGGGUCAGCUCCAUCAACAGUGCUGUGAAAAAUGGACCCUGGUGAAUGACGAGACCCAAGCCAAGAUGGCCCGGAUGGCCGCCGCUGCCGCCUGGGGAUUAGGUCAGUGGGACAGUAUGGAGGAGUACACGUGCAUGAUCCCCCGGGACACCCACGACGGGGCGUUUUACAGGGCCGUGCUGGCACUGCACCAGGACCUCUUCUCAUUGGCCCAGCAGUGCAUAGACAAAGCUAGAGACUUAUUGGAUGCCGAGCUGACUGCCAUGGCGGGAGAGAGCUACAGUCGGGCGUAUGGGGCAAUGGUUUCCUGCCAAAUGCUAUCGGAGCUGGAGGAGGUUAUCCAGUAUAAACUUGUCCCCGAGCGACGGGAAAUCAUCCGCCAGAUCUGGUGGGAGAGGCUGCAGGGCUGCCAACGGAUUGUCGAGGACUGGCAGAGAAUCCUCAUGGUCAGGUCUCUGGUCGUCAACCCGCACGAAGACAUGAGAACCUGGCUCAAGUAUGCCAGCCUUUGUGGCAAGAGCGGCAGACUGGCUCUCGCUCAUAAAACCCUGGUCUUGCUCUUGGGAGUUGACCCUUCUCGACAGCUGGACCAUCCGUUGCCAACGGUUCACCCGCAAGUGACCUACGCGUACAUGAAGCACAUGUGGAAGAGCGCUCGCAAGAUCGACGCCUUCCAGCACAUGCAGCACUUUGUCCAGACGAUGCAGCAGCAGGCCCAGCACGCCAUCGCCGCCGAGGACCAGCAGCAUAAGCAGGAGCUCCACAAACUCAUGGCCCGCUGUUUCCUGAAACUGGGAGAAUGGCAGCUGAACCUGCAAGGCAUCAACGAAAGCACAAUCCCUAAAGUCCUCCAGUAUUACAGUGCCUCUACCGAGCAUGACCGCAACUGGUAUAAGGCCUGGCACGCCUGGGCAGUGAUGAACUUUGAGGCCGUGCUGCACUAUAAGCAUCAAAACCAGGCCCGAGAUGAAAAGAAGAAACUGCGCCAUGCCAGUGGAGCCAGCAUCACCAGCGCAAACACCGAGGGGAGUAACAGCGAGAGCGAGGCAGAAAGCGGCGAGAACAGCCCCAUUCCAUCGCCCGUGCAAAAGAAAGUCACUGAGGAUCUGUCCAAGACGCUGUUGUUAUACACCGUUCCUGCCGUCCAGGGUUUCUUCCGCUCCAUCUCUCUGUCCCGGGGCAACAAUCUUCAGGACACACUCAGAGUCCUCACUUUGUGGUUUGACUAUGGUCACUGGCCAGAUGUCAACGAAGCCCUGGUAGAAGGUGUGAAGGCGAUCCAGAUCGACACCUGGUUACAGGUUAUCCCCCAGCUCAUUGCAAGAAUCGAUACUCCCCGGCCCCUGGUGGGACGCCUGAUUCAUCAGCUCCUCACGGAUAUUGGCCGAUAUCAUCCGCAGGCUCUGAUCUACCCACUGACCGUGGCAUCCAAGUCCACCACCACUGCCCGUCACAAUGCAGCCAACAAGAUCCUGAAAAACAUGUGUGAACACAGCAACACCCUGGUCCAGCAGGCCAUGAUGGUGAGCGAGGAGCUGAUCCGGGUGGCCAUCCUGUGGCACGAGAUGUGGCACGAGGGCUUGGAAGAGGCUUCCCGCUUAUAUUUCGGGGAGAGGAACGUGAAAGGGAUGUUUGAGGUCCUGGAGCCACUGCACGCUAUGAUGGAGCGGGGACCCCAGACCCUGAAGGAAACGUCGUUCAAUCAGGCAUAUGGUCGGGAUUUGAUGGAGGCUCAAGAGUGGUGCCGGAAGUACAUGAAAUCUGGGAACGUCAAGGACCUAACGCAGGCCUGGGAUCUCUAUUAUCACGUGUUCAGGAGGAUCUCAAAACAGCUACCUCAGCUUACUUCCUUGGAGUUGCAGUACGUGUCCCCCAAACUCCUGAUGUGCCGGGACCUUGAAUUAGCCGUGCCGGGAACCUACGAUCCCAACCAGCCCAUCAUCCGCAUUCAGUCCAUAGCACCUUCUUUGCAGGUCAUCACAUCCAAACAAAGGCCCAGGAAGUUGACAUUAAUGGGCAGCAACGGCCAUGAGUUUGUCUUCCUUCUGAAGGGCCACGAGGACCUCCGACAGGACGAACGGGUGAUGCAGCUCUUUGGUCUGGUUAACACCCUUCUGGCCAACGACCCGACCUCUCUGCGGAAAAAUCUCAGCAUCCAGAGGUACGCCGUCAUUCCCUUAUCUACCAAUUCAGGCCUAAUUGGCUGGGUCCCCCACUGCGACACUUUGCACGCGCUCAUCCGGGAUUACAGGGAGAAGAAGAAGAUCCUUCUUAAUAUCGAGCAUCGCAUCAUGUUGCGGAUGGCUCCAGAUUACGACCACUUGACUCUGAUGCAGAAGGUGGAGGUAUUUGAACACGCCGUCAAUAACACUGCAGGAGAUGAUCUAGCCAAACUGCUGUGGCUAAAAAGCCCCAGCUCUGAGGUGUGGUUUGACCGAAGAACCAAUUACACCCGUUCUUUAGCUGUCAUGUCGAUGGUUGGGUAUAUUUUGGGCUUAGGAGACAGGCACCCAUCCAACCUGAUGCUGGACAGGCUAAGCGGAAAGAUCCUGCACAUUGACUUUGGAGACUGUUUUGAGGUUGCGAUGACCAGAGAGAAGUUCCCAGAGAAGAUUCCAUUUAGACUGACGAGAAUGUUGACCAAUGCAAUGGAGGUGACUGGCCUCGACGGAAACUACAGAAUCACCUGUCACACCGUAAUGGAGGUUCUCCGUGAACACAAAGACAGUGUGAUGGCGGUGCUGGAAGCCUUCGUUUAUGACCCCUUAUUGAACUGGAGGCUGAUGGAUACAAACACAAAAGGCAAUAAGCGAUCACGAACAAGGACAGACUCCUACUCAGCCGGCCAGUCUGUAGAAAUGCUGGAUAGUGUGGAGCUUGGCGAAACCGCCCACAAGAAAACUGGGACCACAGUGCCUGAAUCCAUCCAUUCUUUCAUUGGUGACGGUUUGGUGAAACCAGAAGCUCUGAAUAAGAAAGCUAUUCAGAUUAUUAAUAGGGUUCGAGAUAAACUCACCGGUCGGGAUUUCUCUCACGACGAGACCUUGGAUGUUCCCACACAAGUGGAGCUGCUGAUCAAGCAGGCGACUUCCCAUGAGAACCUGUGUCAGUGCUACAUUGGCUGGUGUCCAUUCUGGUAACAGACGGUCCCGAAAUACCCAGCGCUUUUCUCCGGAGGCUUUUCACUUCCAAAGUAUACUUCCACUAAAUUGAAAACCAUGGACCGGACAUUAACUUUCCUCAGAUGUUUUGAAAUGUAAAUGAAAAGAACUACUGUAUAUUAGGAGUUGGUCUGAGCCAACUCUAUAGCUGCUGUUGAAGAACAUACACAUCGUCAGAAAUACAAGACUUGAUUGGGUUCCCAGGACAGCGAAGGGUAACUAUACCACGUAAACAAAGCACUUGGUCUCUGGAGACGGACGAUCCAUAAAUUGAGAAAUACGGGUUUGUCGUGACUCAGUCAAUGCAAAUACCUGCCGACGGGAGAACGGUUCCGCCGGCACUGGACCCACGGAUGCCGCCGAUUCGGUUCCACCAGGAGGUCUCGGGAGGGCGGGAAAGAAAUUGGGGAUGCCGGCCGCUAAGGAAGAGGGAGAAACCGAGAUCAUCACUUUGGCUCAUCCCAUUACCUCAGUUGGUCCCCGGUCACCAGGUAGCACCUUCAGCUUAGGUCGGAGAAGGAGGGAAGGGUUUGCCUCCUGACCGCCCCGGGGAAGAUGCAGCUGGCGCGCCCUGAAAUCCACAUCUGGCCCGAGGCCCCGGGCCAUCAGGAGCAGAGGGCAUCCGGGGCGCUGGCCUGUGGAUGCCGGGACAAGGACAACGAGGGUUCAUGCUGGAGUCUCCUUGUGACCCGGCGAUCCCCACACGAUCCAAUGAGCAGUAUUGGCAAGUAGGGAAAAGAGCAAGAGGCGGCUGCUCUGGGUUUUAAGCGCGGAAAGAGGAGGCGCCGUUCAAUGGCAGUGGAUGUUAAACUCAAGGAGACGGUCUGCUCCAAAGUGGUGAUUUAUGAAUAAAACAAAUAUUCAACUAAAUGCACAAAGUAUGAAAUGUAACCAUGUCUAGAUGCCAUGUUGUAGCUGAACAAUAAUUUUGUGCCAAUAAAUGACACCAAAAGUUAAAGAAAA